UGGAAUUAUUUACAUUUUUCUAGAGGUAGAAUUGUUAAACUAUUAGUGAAUCUGUCAGUUAUUAUACAAGAUAAGUCAAAAUUUAAUAGUUCUAGUUGUAAUUUUAAAAUAAAGAAGUAAGCUCAGUCGAGAAGCUCUACCACGCGGAAAUCUCGCGAGACUCUACGAGAUUUGAGUAGAGAGCGGCGGAGGAGGAGGAGGAGGAGGAGGGAGAGCUGCAUUUCACUCCAGCAUGUUUGUUUCCGCGCUUCAUGUCACUUCUUCUACUCAGAAACAGGCGACCGCGAGCUGAACGAUGAUUUUACCCGCCGGCGAGCAGAGAAGCGAGUCGUAGCCGCAUCGAUGAUGUCUGGUUGGAUUUGGUGUCCGCUGCUGCUGCUGCUGGUCUCCGUCCGUCAAGUUCAAGCUCAGGAGGAAAACCGGGUGGUUUUUCUGCCGGGGGCGUUCCAGAACGUGAGCGUCUCGCAGAACGAGACGGUGCAGGCCGUGGUGUCCAGGAUCCCCGAGAGCGUGGCCUUCAUCACGCUGCAGUUCCACACGCAGCACCGCAACGCCACGCUCUCCUACACCCGGGAUCCGGGUCCUGGUCGGUCUCUGACGGCGGUGGACUCGGGGCUCCUCUCUUCGCUCCUCCCGGGCCAGACCUCGCUCGCCCUCUACCUCUCGGCCCCCGGGAACGAGACGGUGGCGGGCACCGGGGUCAUCCUCCCCUACGCCAGCACCGACCCCGUUCCCGGAGCCUGCAACACGGAGUUCGACCUGGAGAUCGACCCCAACGUCCACAUCCAGUACAACCUGUACGAGACCGCCGUCCGCUUCGCCCCGGCCAACCUGGGAUAUGAGAGAGGAGGAUCUCCGCCGGCGUGCGACCAGGCGACGGGCGCCGCCACGCGCUGGCGCCUGCAGUACGACGUCUACCAGUACUUCCUGCCGGAGAGCGACCUGUCGGAGCGCAGCCUCUUCGCCGCCGUGCAGAGGGUGGCGGAGCGGCGCGGCGUGGCGGAGCACGGCAGGCGGGUCCUGACGCUGCGGGCGUCCGACCCCAGCGUGGCGGUGUUCAACUCCAUCCCCGGCCAGGGCGUGGUCUACUCGGUGGUGGUGCGCGACCCGCUGCUCAACACCUCGGCCGCCUACGUGCCGGCGCACACGUACGCCUGCAGCUUCGCCUCGGCGCUGGACGGCUGCCAGACGCUGGGGAGGAUUUCAACAAAGAUCUUCUUCAGCGCCGCCGGGCUGGCCGGACUCUUCAUCUGCUUCUGCGGACAUCGCUUCUUCAAAUGUGAGCUCUUCUGCAUGGGCUUCAGCUUCGCCACCUUCUUCUUCUUCGUCUUAAUCACGAGAACCACGGUGCUGGACUAUAACGUGCGUCUGGCGCUGUCGGCCGUGGUGGGCGUGGCGGGCGGCGCCCUCCUGGUGAUGAGCUGGUGGCGUUUCGGCUCCGUCAUGGCGUGCGUGGUGGUGAUCGGCCUGAUGCUGGGCUUCCUGAUCGCCUCCACCGUGCUCUUCACGCCGCUAGGAGACCUGGACCUGUUCCGCCGCUCCGCCGCCGUCUUCUGGGUGACCUUCUGCUGCAUCGCGGUCAUGGUGCUGAUGCUGUUGGUGCGCUGGCCCCGAGAGGGGAACAUCGCCACGUGCGGCGUGGUGGGAGCGUACGCCGUGGUCCUGGCCGUCAACGCCUACGUCUACACCAGCCUGUCCUACAUCACGCUCAACAUCCUCAAGCGGCUGCUCAACGACAACUUCAGCCUGGUGUUCACCGACGUGCCCUUCCAGGGGAUCGACUACGCCCUGAUCACAGUGUGGGUGGUGCUGGGCGUGUGCGGCGCGGUGCUGCAGCUGUACCGCGAGCGCUCGCGGCCCUUCUUCCCGCCCAGCCCGUACCUCAUGUGGCUGCAGGAGCGCGAGCGCCGCAAGACCAACGUCCUGGACCCCAGCCACCACUUCCCCUCGCUGCCCAGCCGCGUCCUGGCCCGGGCGCGGCAGCUGACCCAGCGGGCGGAGCCGGCGGGCGAACACACGCCGCUGCUGCUCUGAAAACGACAACACACACACCUGAGGUCUCCUGACGACUAACGCCACUUUGUUUUUUUUUAACUAAACUUUUAAAGACUUUUGUUUUUUAAACCAUCAGAGUCGUCUCCGAUCUGUUUUGCACUGAAGUCACGAAGCACUACACUUCUGAAGCCAAACUGCCAACUCAGCGCUGUGUUUUAUACAGAAAAGCGUAUAGUUUGGAUUCACAAAGCCGCCUUUUUUUUAAUCCUGUCCUCAGCAGACUCGUGUAACUUCACUUGUUUUUUGGUGUUUUUGUACUUUUUGCACUCUGGAUUUUUAAUAUUUGCCUUGUGCCGAUCGAUGGCCGCCUGUCUGUGAAUCUGUCUAAACUCGUUCUCAGGGUUUCACGCUCGGCUUUCGGACUUCUGGUCAAAUGUCUCUCGGUGUUUGUGCCGUUGCUACUGAACUCUGACCCCACCACUGCAACAGGUGUAAUUAAAUAAGCAAAGGUCAGUCGGAAUUUGUAACUAUAAUGUGUUUUUGAUAUUUAAUAAAUGUUUUGAUGGCUUAAACUUUC